CAUUCACAACCACAAUCUCAAAAUCCUCAAACGUCUGGAGUACCACUUAAUCUUUUAUCCACCACUGAAAAAGUUAUUGUUCGCUGUUAAUAUUUAUGUUAGGAAGUACAGUCCAAUAACACGGUCAGUUUUAUUUACAUUAGUGAACUGAUUUAAAUAUUUAACCUACUGCACGACUGUUUACAAAGAGGGGGCUGGAGAUAUACAUUUAACCAAAGAUGGCUUCUCGAGGAAAAUCUGAAACUGGAAAAUUGAGGCAAAAUAUGGAAGAGCAACUUGACAGACUGAUGCAGCAGCUUCAGGAUCUGGAGGAGUGCAGAGAAGACCUGGAUGAGGAGGAGUAUGAAGAGACAAAAAAAGAAACAUUAGAACAGCUGAGUGAAUUCAAUGACUCCCUGAAGAAGAUCAUGACGGGGGACAUGACACUUGUGGAUGAACUCAGUGGAAUGCAGCUGGCAAUCCAGGCUGCUAUCAGCCAGGCAUUCAAAACCCCAGAGGUGAUCCGGCUUUUUGCAAAGAAGCAGCCGGGACAGCUGAGGACCAGACUGGCAGAGAUGGAUCGGGAUGUCAUGGUGGGGAAACUAUCGCGGCAUGUGUUCACACAGCAGAAAAUGGAAAUCCUCACAGCCUUGAGAAAACUUGGAGAGAAGCUCACUUCAGAGGAUGAGACUUUUCUAACCGAAAAUGCAACAGCUUCUCUCAGCCAGUUUGAAAAAGUGACUGCAAAUUCAGGCUCUGAAGACAAAAUAAUGGCUUUGGCUUGCUCCGGGGUGAAAACAAAGGCAUCUUAAUUGUAUUUUUUUAAAUUGUUAUUUUAAUUGUUUUGUCUUUAUUACCAAGAAAAAAUGUGCCAAUUGAACAUUGAUUUUGAAGCAAUCAGUGCACUUCUAGGCAUUUUUGAAUGUCAUAACACUUUUUAGCAGUAUUGUUUCAUAUUCUUUAAAUUUUGUGUCUUGUAUUUGUCCAGAUUGGUGCUUUAGCAGAUAUUUUAGGUACAAAGGUUGUAGUUAGUUCAUUGUUAAAGUUCAGUAUGUAUAUGAAUGUUAGGGGUAGGCCAGGCAGUUCUCCAGAAAUAUUGAUGUGUGGUUUGCGCUGUUUUUCUCAUUGCUGUAUCCUUCUUUCUUCAGAAAUGUAAUAGUUAACAUUGUAGUUUUUAUGAUGUUGAUUUUCUCUUUUAGCAGAAAGUAUUCAAGAUCUUUUUUUUAUUUUAAAUGAACUAUGCUGUCAGUAGGGAUUUAGAAUAAAUAACCAAAAUUCAGAAGCUAAAUCAAUAACACUAUUAAAUCAACUUGUACAUGGAGUGCAUUAUUUUCUGUAUGCAUACAGUGUGAUCUGGCAGUAAGCAGGGUGGUAGAUCAAACAUGUUCAAAAACAACUUUUUGUCCUCAAUUUUCUAAAACAAAAAUGGUCCCAGAGAGUUGGAAAGCUUUAAUCGCCUUAAUUUUGAAUACGAGACAAACAGAGUCCAGGUAUGUUCAUCAGACAUGAGAAAACACAUAAAGUUGUACACCUUCUUUUAACUCUUAGUCAUUAAUAAUGAGGCAUAUCUGUGUUUAUAAAUUAUACAUAUACAAAUCAUGUUUAGUGUGUUUUAUCUUACGGUUUGACUGGGUCAGGCUAUUAAAAGCUUAAUGUCACAAUGUUUACAAAUUAGUCAUAACUAAUUAAACUGUAAGCCUCCCUGAAUCUAAAAAUCAGCAUCAGUGUUUUAUUUAUUUAUAUGAUUUGUUUCAACUGUUUUUUUGACUUCAUGUCAUUUUAAUUUCACCACCAGAGGGCAGUAUUGCUCUUGUUUGAGCCUUUGGAGCAGCACUGCGCCUGGGUUGUAAUUUAUGCUGGUUUUAUUCUCGUCUUUAAAAGAUUGUCUUUUGGAAGCACUUUGAAUGGCCCCUGUGUUUGACAUCUGUUUUAUUAAUAAAGCUGCCUCCCAAUGCCUUA